GUGUGCGCUACAUCCCCUGCGCACCUUCACUCACUCCGUACGAGAACAAGUCUACUAUUUAAAUUUAGAAUUUGCUGUUCGUUAUCUUAACUAGUCAAGCAUUUAUUCAUAAUUUGUGAAAAUUUUUAUUCGUGAAGACAUUAUAUAAUAGUCAGGAUUACUGUGUUGGUGAAGGCUGGUGACAGCAGUUACUGUUGACACUGUAGACCGACUGUGGUGAAUUAUAAUGAAGUCCAAGCAACUGGGAUAUAAGUCACCAUCAAGUAUAUCUGAACAUCACGGAAAAUAUAAUAUUUAAAUCUGAGAAAAAUAAAACAAAAUGGUGUGCUUAAGUUGACAAAUUUUAACUAUACUGAAGUAACGAAAAGAAGUCUGGAAGAACUAAAAGCAGUUACAACAUUUAUGAUCUAAAUGCCUAAUUCAAGAGGAGAUUGCGCUGCUAUUUGCAGGCGCCGACUAUGUUCGACUCGACUAAAGGCGCAUUGCUCAUAGCGCCAUCUCUUUUUAAUAGUUCUUGCUGGCAACACGGUAAAGGCUGGCCUUCUACAUUUCCAGCGCCAGCAGACAUUCUGAAAGCCUUCUUUAUAUUUGCAAUGUCAAUGGCUAUAGUAUUUGGCAAUUUAGUGCUAAUUUGUGUAUUGAAUAAUCGACGUUAUAUCAAAUAUAUAGAUAAUCAGCCUAGGUAUCUUCUGACUUCAUUAGCUCUCAACGACUUGUUCACGGGUAUCUUGAUUGCUCCGGUGGCUCUUUUGCCCGCUCUCUACAAGUGUUGGCCAUACGGGGAGAUCUUUUGUCAGAUACAGGCACUUUUACGAGGAGCAGUAAGUCAACAAAGUGCUGUUAUUUUAGUGUGUAUGGCAAUCGAUAGAUAUUUGUAUUUACUACAUCCUAACACUUAUCACAAACAUUCGAGCAAAAAGGGCUGCGUUUUAGUCAUAAGUAUAACGUGGAUCCUAUCUGUUUCACUAUUUGCAAUAAUGGUUCUUCCUCGAUCUGGGUAUUAUUUCAACUCUACGGGAUUGAUGGCUUGUGAUGUAUUCCACAGCAGAGUUGCAUUCAGAAUACUCUCUUGUUGUGCCUACUACUUUCCAACUACAAUGGCACUCAUGUACUGCUACGGAUCGGGCUUCCAUGUCAGCAAGAACAGAAGCAAAUGUGACCAGGAUUCUACCAGAUCCAAUGGUGUACCAGUGCCUUGUAAUAAGAACUCUCGUGGCGACCAUGAUAUAGUACAUAUACCAGUACCAGUGCGACCACAUAGCGUGAGUACAUCACGUACUAUGGCAGCCAUGUCCUUAGGAUUCAUCGUUAUGGUAACCCCGGCCACCAUCCAGGAAGUCGUUGCGGCAUGUACCGGCUGUAAGGUACCACCCUCUUUGGAUUUCAUCGUCACUUGGUUAGCAUUGAGCAACAGUUUUUGGAAUCCUUUUCUGUACUGGCUUCUCAAUAGCCACUUUAGAAGAAUUAGCAAUGAUCUCCUACAAUACUAUGUUUGUUGCAGACGAAGUAAAUCUUUUCCAAGCUAUGAAAAGCCAACAGGUUGCUGUGGAUCACCAGUUACGUCUGAUUUGCAUUCGAAGGGAGAGUUUGAAGGUCUCGGGGAAAAAUAUUGGGGAGAGAUAUUAGAACGCACUGUUUCUUCAACUUCCUUACAUGCUAUCCAAAAAGCUUGUCAACGGGAUCCACUCCGGUGCACUGGGUCAUUUAAAGGAUGCUCAAGCAGCACAUGUAAACAAGAUCCAAGAUAUUUUGACAAUUAUGGAAUUACAGAUUACAGACAUUUGGAUAGGUCUACUUUUCAAAUUGAACCCUGUUCACGACAAUGUAGAUUGAAGAAUUCAGAUUUCUGUUUAUUUAGACCUAGUCCGGGCUUCGAAUGUGGCCGUUCGCGGUCUAAUUUAAGUUUAGAUGAAGGAAACUUCAAUAAAGCUUGUAACGGUCGGCAUUCAGAGUUGUGAGAAUUCCGGAACUGUCCGGUCUUCGGGCACAGAAGUAAUAGUAUAGGCUUGUAUCCAGGAGUAGAGCACUUUAAUUCUAAUAUUAAAUGGAAAUUCGAU